AUGGUUCUUGGGGAUGGGAUGGGGGAUGCGGGGAGUGGGUUUCUUGUGAAUCUGUUUUGGUUUGUUUCCCGUUUGGGGGAGCAAACUGUGAGCACUCCGUGGGUGUGCGUCUUUCUUCUUGGGUUUUUGCCCAACGGUCACCACCGCCUUCCUUUUUCUUCUCUUGUGAGAGAGGAGGACAGUGUGCGACUUUGUGGGCUACGCGUUGCUGGGGACCGUUACUGUUGUGUGUGUGCGUGCAUGCAUGCGGUUUGGGGCUGGCAACAGUCGCUGCCCGCUGCCGUCGCCGGAACACACAAGGCCCAAGCAAGUGAAUGGAAGGACGAUAGAGCAUUCACGGGACUCUCACAACACUCGAGGCACAAACCCCACGCCCGUUGA